AUGUCAGCAAGACCUUCUGGAUAUUAGUAAUUUAAAGAUGAAUAAGUUAAUGUUAAUAUUAGCAGAUAAAAACCUGAAGAAGUAUAAGCAGGAACUCUUUGUAAAGGAGGCAAUGCAGAUUUUCCAAUUGAUUAAAUUCCUCCCAAUUUUGAAUUGGCUGAGCUUCAUAGUGUAAUAAAUACUUAUAUCAUAGUAAGCUUGGAAUGUAGGUACAACUAAAUUAUCAAAAAGUCAGAGAAGAAAAUUAUAAAAACACUAAAAUAGCACAUAACAAAACAACCAAGAUGACCUUGUAGGAAAGAUUUGUGAUUGUUGUGCAAGAUAAGUACCUAAUCAUUUACUAUCGAUCGGUUGCAACAAUAGAGACUAUUCAUUUUUAGGGGCAGGUAAGUUUUAGUAUAAUUUAGGUAUGCCAUUAUAUUUUGAAUAUAUCAAAUCUUGUAUUUUAAUGCUUUUAAUUAUGUUUGUCACAUCUGGAGAUUAUAAUAUUAUAACUAAUAUUGCUUUUGGAACAUCAUGUAGAGCAUUAGAAGAUCAUAAAGGUUAAGAAAUAGAUGAAAAGACAUUUUGUUAAUUAAAUUGGGUUACAUAAUCAUCAUUAGCAAAUAAAAGAAGUGGAUCAGAGUUCAUAGAUCUUUAAUAAAUGUUAAAUUUGAUAUCUAUGAUAACAUUAAUAAUUUUGUUUUAAUAUUUUAGAAAAGAAUAAAGAGCUUUUGAUGCAGAAAUUGAUUCAUAAACAUAAUAUGCUUCUGAUUUUACUGUAUAUUUAAAGAAUAUUCCAACUGAUCCAACAGGAUUGUAAAAUGGAGAUUUUGAUGAUGAUUUAAAAAAUUUUAUUGAAUAACAUGUAUCAAAUUAUCCAAAACUACAAGAAAUCAUUGAUUUUGAAUAAGAUAGAAAGCAAUAUUAAAUUUAAACAAAAAAGCCUGUUACAGAAUUAAAGAGAGUUGUAGCUGUUAAUUUAUGCUAUAAUUUAGAUGAAUAAUAUUAAUUGGAAUAAUAAAAAUAAGCUAAAAUAGCUUAGAAAUAAAAAGUAUUUAUUAUCUUUUAUUCAGAUUUUAUCUAGUUUGUAUAGUUAAGGUAAGGAUCCAUUAAGUUCUGAUGUUAAAUCAGAUCCUUAAGUUAAUUAAAUAGAUAAAGAAAUAAGUGAUAUUGAAAAUUAAUUGGAAGCAUUAGAAAAGAAAUUUAUUGAAGGAAAAGAUGUCAAGAAUUAUUUUUUAGGACAAGCAUUCGUUACAUUCUAAUGGGAAAAUGAUGUUUAGAUAUUUUUAGAAGAAAAUAGAGUGUCAAAGAUAAAGAGAUUUUUUGGAAAGAAAAGUAAAUUAGUUUAUAGAGGAGCUAAUUUGAUUGUAGAAGAACCACCUGAACCUACUGAUGUUUAUUGGGAAAAUCUACAUAUCACUACAAAAUCAAAAGUAUUAAGAAGAUUACUUGGUUAUGCAAUUACUGCUAUUAUUUUAAUUAUAUGUGGAGGACUAAUCUAUUGGUUAUCAGCUAUAUAAGCUGAAAGUGCUGAAGAAUAAGCCUAAGCAGUUAAAAGAGGAGAGUUGUAACCUAAUAUAAAAGUGAAAAUUAUUGCUUAAGUUGCAUCAAUUUCAAUUAUUGUAAUAAAUGCUUUACUUGCUAUGAUUAUAAAAAGUAUAUCACUUUUUGAAAGAUUCUCUACAUAAACUGGUUAUAACAUUAGUUUAGCAAGUAAAUCAAGUAUGGCUUAAUUUAUUAAUACUGCUGUUAUUACUUUUGCUAUUAGUACUUGGGUAACUAAAAAUAUUUAUGGAGCUGGAGGUUUGGUUUAUAAUUAAACUUAUGUAUUUGUAUCUAAUGCAUUUAUUCCAGGUAUUAUACAAUUUAUAGAUGCUGGAACUAUUUCUAAAUGGAUAUUCUAAUAUCUAGAAAAGAGGAAAGGAAUUAAAUCAAUCAAAACAUAAUAACAAUUACAUGAGUAUGUUUCUUAUUUUAAUUAGAUUAUAUGAAAAACCAAUAUUUGAUAUUUCAACUGCUUAUGCUACUAUUUUGAAAAAUAUGUAUGUUGUUGCAUUUUAUGCUUCAGUAAUACCACUUGCUUUAGUAAUUACUUGUGUAGCAUUACUAUUUCAUUAUUGGGUUGAAAAAUAUAAUAUUGCAAGAAGAAGGACUAUUAAAUAUAAUUAUAGUUCUUAAAUGUCAGUAGAAAUGAUAGAAUAAUUAGAAUUAGUCUUACCUAUAUAUUGUGUAUUUUAUUAUUUUUAUUAUUAAGAUGACUAAUUUAUGGUGGGAAUAUGUAUUUUUGGAAUCAGUUUCAACUGAAGCUAUAAUUGGAAUAUGUUUGGGAGUUGGUAAUGCAAUCUUACCAAUGCAUGAAAUUAAUGAAGCUAUUUUUUCAGUAAAAUCAGAAAUUGAUGAACAUUUACCAAUUUAAGAAGCUGAAACUGGUUUCUUAACAGUAAUCUAAUUUUAUAUAAUAUUUUAGGAUUAUUGCAGAGAAAAUCCAGCUACUGCUGAAACUGCUAGAUAAUAAUACAAGAUCAGAGUUGAAAAACAUAAAUAAUAAAAGAUAAAUAUGGACAAGAUGUUCGGAGAUCAAUGA